AUGCUCUACUGUCCAAGCCUCGUUUACUACGCUGGAAAAAACUUGGCCCAGCAGUGCAAGGGCUUGUAUACUGGCAGCCAGGUUUGUGACCAGAUGGACUUCAAGCCUCUCUUUGGCAAAAACAGCCGGACUUCGGAUCGUUUCAGAGAGAUGUUGCUCGAAGUCCUGAAUGGGGAGGACUUGUCAGCAAAGCUUGUGGCUGAACGUGCAUUACGCGAGCAGGAUAAGAAGGAGAUGGAGGAUGCUCGUGCCCUGGCAGAGCGACGAAGGCAUGAGCUGGACAAAGCGAGAGCCGACGCCGAAGAUUUGCGCCAGCAGCAGCAACAGGUCACCAACGUCAAAUUUCUGUGUGGAAUUAUGUUUCUGCUUGGGGUCUCUGCUGGUCUUAGCCCUUACGUGUUCGGGAACAUCGGCUUCUAUAUCCGAGCCAGAGGUUGUGCAAGAAUCAGGGCCGCAGCGUUGAUGAAAAGGGUACGGGCAGUGGAGGCAGACCUCGCCUCGGAAAGGCAGUAUGCAACGUUUUUGAGGGAACAGCAAGCUUCUUUGCAAUCGGACAUGGCUAACCAGGCAGAAACUGUGAAGAAGCUGGAAGUAGGUUUGAGCACCAAAAGAGGACAAUUGGUGGCAUCGGAAGCAGUGGUGGCACAGCAACGUGAGGCUUUAAAAAAGCUAGAAGGAGCUGUGAAGACUGGAGUACACCAGCUUGCGGCAUCCGAAGGCGUGGUCGCACAGCAGCGUGAGGCUUUGAUCACCUUUCAAGCCAGCCUCCAAAGCAAACAGUACGAGUUGGAACAGUUGAGAGCUGCGAUGGCACGGCAGCAAGAGGGCUGCCAAGCCAAGCAGGACGAGUCGCAAGUAUCCCAUGCCGCAGAGCUUCCGGAGCCUGAGGCUGGCUUGCAUCGCACUGUAGCACAACACAGCAAUCUACAUGUGACAGAGCCAGAACACGAAACUCCAGAGACAGGGCUUGAACAUGAGCCGGGCAAGCCUAUGGAGCAGGAGUCGCAUGCGAAGGAUAUCAAUAUGACUCAGGCAUCACCCGGAUUUGGUGCUGUUCGGUGGCUUUGUGGGUCUGGUUUGGCUGGUGGACUAGCCCUAAUGUAUGCGGCGGGGGUACCGAUGCCCACCAUGGCUAAUGUUUGGCGAGUGCAUGGUUGGGAUGGGCGAGAUGGGAUAGUGUUCCAUAUCCGCAGAGCGGACUCCAUUCAGUUACUGCGCGAGCUAGGUGGUGGCAGCGUGUUAAACGCCAAGGGCAAGUGCAUCGUGGAAGAGUUCGCCGGCGGUUCCAACAGAUGCAAAGUCCUGAUAGAGCAUCUUUGGCAAACGGAUGAAAGCACUUUCGCUGCAGACUUAGUUGUGUUGCAGCAGCUCUGA